AUGAGCUACCUUAUCCAGGUGCCAGGCCACGACGCCAUCAUCCCGAUGAUCGACCACUUCCUCUACCGCACCGCCGGCGGUGGCUCCCCGCCGUCUCUGGAGCGGCUCCCCCCUCUUGACGGGACCAUCGCCCAGCUCCAGGACCGAAUCAAGGCCCGGGCCAGUGACGACGCCACCACGAAUCAGCUUUUGCGCAGGGUGCGGGGCCUGGACCUAGGCGUCCUGUGCCGCGGAGGGGACGAGGUCGCCGUCGCAGAGCUCGAGAUCACCGGGUCCAUGGCGCCGCCCAAGCUCCACGUCCUGUGCCCGUCCACCUCUAGCAGCUGGGAGGUCAAGCAUCCGCCCAUCAUUCCCUGCGACGCCGCCAGGGAAUUUGAUCUGGGGGAGUUCUUGAGGUGCUUUGAUGCUCACGCGGUCGUCCCCUUCAGGAGCUACCUGUGCUGGGUCGAUUACUCCCUUGGUAUCCUGUUCUGCGAUGUGUUCGAUGAGAGCCCCAGGCUCCUACACCUGGAACUCCCAGCUAAAUUGCCCCAAUUGCAUCUCGAAGUCAUGGGCCGAGCAUGGGCGGAGGCAUACCACGCCGUCGGCGUCACAGAGGGCGAGGCCAUGAAAUUUGUCAAACUUGUCCGUGACAAGGACGAGUUCUCUGAAACCAUGGCGCCUGCCACCGAUGCUUUCACCAUCACCUCCUGGGCACUGAGAAUAACAGAAAGCGACGGCAUGAUGAAGUGGGAGCAGGAUGCAUUUCUCAGAUCCAGCGAGAUCGGGUUUGAUGGAUUCACACAUCUUCCUCGUACCCCAUUGGAAUUACCUCUCAUCAGCAUGUAUGAGCCCAGUGUCGUUUACUUCAUGAUCGGGCAGGACCAGGCGUCGUACAUGUAUAAUAAGGUAUGGAUUGUUGCCGUUGACAUUAGCAACGGCAAGGUGAAGUCUUCAUCUGCAUACAUCAAUGGUGUAGGACAGGUGGGGGACCUCUGUGGUGAGGAAGCGCUGUACUUUGCCAGAGAAAAACCCCAGUGUUACACUAGCUUUCUUACCUGCCGACUUCGCCAAGCACCUUAA